AUGCUUCAGCUUCUGUUAGUGUCAAACCUUCUCCUAUGGGAGUAUGUGGUCUCUGUACCCGUAUGCCUUGACAUAGAAGAAUACAACAAAUUGACAAUUGAAGAACUCUUUGAUCGUGCAAUUAUCAAGGCUCAAUACACCUCUAACCUCACUAGACAAAUGUCUGAGGAGUUUGAUGAAAACUUUGCCAAAAGCCUGGGAUACAAAGACAGGAACUCCAGCACCUGUCACACUGCUUCCCUUGCUACUCCAGAAAACAUUGAACAAAUCCAACAGACACAAUUAGAUGACCUUCUGAAAGUGAUGAUCAGCAUUUCACGAGCCUGGUAUCACCCUCUGGAACACCUAGUGAAUGCAGUGGCUGCUCUAAAAGGGGCCUUUGAGACCAUGUGGUUGAAAGUCAAAGAGGUAGAGGAAAAAAACCAAGAACUUCUAAAGGAAAUUAAGGAAAUCCUUGUCAGGGUUCAUCCUGGGGCUGAAGAAAAUGUCUACCCUGCUUGGAUGGGACUGGCAGAGGUGAGGUCAGCCAAUGAAGACACUCACCAUUUUGCUCUUAGUAACCUGUUUCGAUGCCUACACAGUGACACUGUCAAGGUUGCUACUUAUCUUGAGAUUCUGAAGUGCAGAGUCAUCCAUAACAACAACUGUUAAGCAUAUACCCAUUCAGCUACUAAUAGGAUUGUUCCUGUUCAUCCAGACUAUCAA